AUGAAUCUCUCGGUAGAAUUGACCGCUUCCGGAGUGCAGAUGAAUCUCGCGGUAGAAUUGGUCGUUUCCGGCUUGCAGAUGAAUCUCUCAGUGGAGUUGACUGUUUCCGAAUUGAAGAUGAAUCUCUCGGUGGAAGUGACUGUUUCCUUGUUGCAAGCACCUGAAAAUAUGCCUGCUAAACACUUGGACAUAGCGGACGCAUUGUUCUUUAUCUGA